AUGUCUUCAGACACUUCAUUAUCAGAAUCUUCAUUACUUAAAGAGGAGAGUGGGAGCUUGACUAAGUCUCGUCCGCCUAUAAAGUCAAAUCCUGUACGGGAAAAUAUCAAAUCGUUUGUGGCCGGUGGAGUAGGCGGGGUAUGUGCUGUGGUUACGGGUCAUCCCUUCGACUUGAUUAAGGUGAGAUGCCAAAAUGGUCAAGCAAAUUCCACAGUACAUGCUGUUAAAAACAUUUUAAAAGAAGCCAGAACUCAGGUGAAGGGUAGCGUCUUAACCAAUUCGAUAAAGGGGUUCUAUAAAGGUGUCAUUCCACCUUUAUUAGGCGUUACUCCUAUAUUUGCCGUUUCCUUCUGGGGCUAUGAUGUUGGUAAGAAACUGGUCACUUUUAAUAACAAGAAUGAAGGCAGUGGCGAGUUAACAAUGAGUCAAAUGGCUGCUGCAGGAUUUAUCAGCGCCAUUCCCACCACUUUAGUGACUGCGCCAACGGAGAGAGUUAAAGUUGUCUUACAAACCUCUUCUAAAGGCUCUUUCCUCCAUGCAGCAAAAACAAUCGUUAAAGAAGGUGGUAUAUCUUCUCUGUUUAAAGGUUCAUUAGCUACUUUGGCAAGAGAUGGGCCUGGCUCAGCUCUCUAUUUUGCUUCUUAUGAAAUUUCAAAGACUUACUUGAAUAAUAGACAACCUCGCCCAAGUGUAGGUAAGGAUGAACCGGUUAAUAUUUUAAACGUGUGUCUUGCUGGUGGUAUUGCUGGUAUGUCGAUGUGGUUAGCCGUUUUCCCCAUAGACACUAUAAAGACCAAAUUGCAGGCCUCUUCCACAAAACAAAAUAUGAUAUCCGCAACGAAAGAAAUAUACCUACAAAGAGGGGGUAUCAAGGGAUUUUUCCCUGGCUUAGGCCCAGCUUUGCUAAGAUCUUUCCCAGCUAAUGCGGCUACCUUUUUGGGUGUGGAGAUGACGCAUUCUCUGUUUAAAAAAUACGGUAUAUGA